AAUACAUAUUAUAAUAGACAAUAUUAAGGAGAAUAUUGAUAUUGUUAUUAAUGUAUUAUGAAGCAUAGGGGUAAUGUUUACUCUAUGCAAAUGUAAAUGGCAAGAAUUAAUGUAUGUUGCAUGAGAGUGACUGUAUGUUAGUAUUAUAGAUUGACGAAGCCGGUUGAAAUCCGUGAAAUGACUUACAAUAACAAGAGACUUUUAUUGUGAAGGUGACUUUAAUUGACGGGAAUCUUAUUGUGAAAGCGACUGAAACCGGAAGUGACGUUUGACCGGCGCAAGAGAGGAUUAUGAAACGGCGUGUUUUUAGAGAGCUCGUCCUCUUUUUUCAGGUAAGCCCCGAAGGGAAGGUUGUGCUCUCGGGAGGUGCCGAGAGCCUGCAGCCUUGACACGAGGAGAGAGCGCGUUGAAUGUUUGAUUCACUUUUCCUGCCAUUAAAUGUUGAUAACUUAAUCCAUGCGUGUCCGGAAGCCUGUUUCUCCACCAUCUGCGUAGUGCCCCAGUUUUGAGAAUACCUUACAGUCAUGAAUAAAUAAAUGUUGAAAUGUAAAUGUUUACGUUACGGUAUUUACAAGUUGUGCCUGCGCAUGCGCGACAGCCGAGAUUCUUGGCGACUUGCCAGGUCUUACCUCCGUGAGUUUGGCUUUUCUGCUGUUGCCCUUCAAAACAAAAGCUCAACAUUUAGCUUGUUCUUGUCUGGUGGAGCAAUCUGGUUUACUUGAAAGUGAUUGCAAUUGUAUUUCUUCUAUUAUUUGAAAAAGCACAGAUGCAGGAAUCACAAAUGGGGAUCUCAUAUUUAUUAUUAUUAUAAUUAUUUAAAUCUUGUUGAAAAAAAUCACCAAAUCAAAGACCAGGAGCUGGAUUACUGACAGACAGCUCACAGACGGCCUCAGACUGUCUGUCUGCUUAUGAACUAACUACAAGCUCACAGACAGAGUUCAGUCACAGCCGUCACACUGACUGGAGUCACAUGACUUGAUGGCAUUGUGAGAAAGCUACACAUAGACAGCUGUCUGAAGGUCUGUGGUUUUGGGAGGGUUAAUCAUUAUCAAAAAAAUUGCCCCCCCUGAGAAUUUUUUCAGGAGCCGCCACUGGUGUUUACUGCUCUUAAGGCUUUUUAAGAUUCCUGAUAACGUGAUAACAUUGACAUCUGAUCUAUUACCAUCGUUACGGUAAGGAAAGGAAAGGAGGAGGAAAGACGUCACGUGACGUAGAGGCGCACCUCCCGCUCAAAAGGACACCACCAGCCCGCGUAGGAGGCGCCUCCGCACCAAGGACAAGCCGAGCACACUGGCUCCUCCGGCCGCAGCGGCGGGGACAAACUCUCGGUCCCCCCGGCGUUGCGCACAUAGGCUUCCCGAACCGGCUCGAUAUUCACAUAUCGAUCAGCCCAGCUGAGAACAACACAACCUCAUGUCGAGCACGCCGAUGGACAACAACUCGGCCGAAGCCAAGAAGCCGGACACGAGGAUGAAUGAGAAGAAGUGCUCGUGGGCCUCCUAUAUGACCAAUUGUCCGACGGUGAUCGUGAUGAUCGGCCUGCCAGCUCGAGGGAAGACCUACAUGUCAAAGAAACUCACACGUUACCUCAACUGGAUCGGAGUGCCGACCAAAGUGUUCAACUUGGGCGUGUACCGCCGAGAGGCCGUCAGAGCGUACAAGUCCUACGAUUUCUUCCGGCACGACAACGAGGAAGCCAUGAAAAUACGGAAGCAGUGCGCUCUGGUCGCCCUGCAGGAUGUGAAGGCGUACCUGUUGGCGGAGGGAGGUCAGAUCGCGGUGUUUGAUGCAACAAACACAACAAGAGAACGACGUGACCUCAUUCUGGCUUUCGUGAAGGAGCAUUCAUUCAAGGUGUUCUUCGUGGAGUCGGUGUGUGACGACCCGGAGGUCAUCGCUGCUAAUAUUCUGGAAGUGAAAGUGUCCAGUCCGGACUACCCCGAGAGACACAGAGAGAGAGUCAUGGGCGAUUUCCUCAAACGGAUCGAGUGCUACAAGGUUACGUACCAGCCGUUGGACCCGGAUGAUUACGACAAGGACACGUCUUUCAUCAAGGUGAUGAACGUGGGCCGGCGCUUCCUGGUGAACCGCGUGCAGGACUACAUCCAGAGCAAGAUCGUCUACUACCUCAUGAACAUCCACGUGCACUCGCACUGCCUCUACCUGUGUCGGCACGGCGAGAGCGACCACAACGUGGACGGACGCAUCGGAGGAGACGCUGAACUCUCUCCUCGAGGGAAACAGUUCUCCCGCGCCCUGCGAGACUUCAUCGAGGAGCACGAGUUGUCUGAUUUGAAGGUGUGGACGAGCCAACUGAGAAGAACCAUCCAGACGGCGGAGGAGCUGGCCGUCCCGUAUGAACAGUGGAAGAUACUCAACGAGAUCGACGCGGGAGUGUGUGAGGAGAUGACUUAUGAGAUGAUCCAGAACUCGUUCCCAGAGGAGUUUGCUUUGAGGGACCAGGACAAGUAUCACUACCGGUACCCAGGAGGGGAGUCCUACCAAGACCUCGUCCAGCGCCUGGAGCCCGUGAUCAUGGAGUUGGAGAGGCAGGGCAACGUGUUGGUCAUCUGCCACCAGGCUGUGAUGCGCUGCCUGCUGGCUUACUUCCUGGACAAGAGUGCAGAAGAUCUGCCGUACAUGAAAUGCCCGCUCCACACAAUCCUCAAGCUGACCCCCGUUGCAUACGGUUGUAAAGUGGAGAUGUUUUACCUCAACGUGGAGUUGGUGAACACGCACCGACACCGGCCGCUUUAUUUCAUCCCCUACCAGGAUAAAAACCCGAUGGACUCUGCUCUCAUACACCGGCGGAAUAGUUACACGCCCUUGUCCAGUCACGACCAGGUCAAGCGGCCCAGGCUCUACAGCGCGGGCAACCAGCCCUGGCUCCCGCUCGCCCCCACCCCAUCGGCGCUGAUGCCGGAGGGACGGCAAAGCCAACCUCGGACAGGAAGCAGUUGUCUGAGUCCCUGUGCGAAGGAAGCGACUUUGACAGCCCCGAAGAAACGAGUGGCUGUGUCCGCUUCUGAGUGAAGACGAACGCCUCUUCCUCCUCGGCACAAUGCGGGCGACGGGUUCAGCAUGGAAUCAAAAGAGUUUUUCUUUCUUUUCUUUUUUAAAACCACAUUUUGGGAAAUGCUGGUCAGACGUUGUGGUCGUGUCCAUCUCCAUCUCUCUGUUUAACUUCACUCUGCAUGCCGAGGCUGUGAACUGGACGCCGUAUCAUUAUUACCAUAAGCACUUCUGGAUGUGUGACGAAAUCAAUUAAACAAACAGGCAACUCAUCAUCGUUGUAAAUAUUACAAUGCCUUACUGAAGUUAAAGUACAUUGAUGUAAUUAGCUCUUCUGUAUGAAUGUAACGAGCAAUUGUGCGUCAUUAUUUCAGUUUUGCAACGAGCAAAUAUAAAGUAGAUGCAGUCAAAAUAUUUUUCUAAUACAAAUACCUUCAUAUACCUGGAGAGCUCGUCAGAUGUAUCCCGAGCUGUCGUCUAUUAUGUGUUAUGUUAUUUGAGGGAAUGUACUUUUUUUUGCGUUCUGAAGGAAAUUCAAAUAUGAAAUGUCUCGUUUGAUAAAUACACAACAUUGCUGGACACACAAAAAAAACCUUAGGAUUCUGUCAAAAGCUGCCAUUUCAUAAUGUCUACAAGCUUAUCUGUCACAACGUUAGCUAAAGCAUUAAUCGGUCAAUGCAUUGUUCGUCUCGCCUGUGUAUACGAGGAUGGGAUGUUGUGCAACAAAAGCAUAACACGUUGUCGGAGCACAAACUUGUAUUACAUUUAUGUUAAUGUAUUUUACCCUUUAAAUUCAGCCUAGAUACACUUUACUUAAUAGACAGUGGCACAAACUCUAUUCUGUGUACGUUUUGACUGUUGCUAAGUUGUUCAACACGCCUACUCGUGCCUUUUUAAGCGGUCAAUAAAAGUGACAUUUUUAAGUGACAUGAAUUUAUUCCCCGCAGAAAUAAAGGAGACACUCAGCACGUAA